AUGGUUGCAUUCUCCAUCUUCGUUUUCUUUUCCUUAAUCCUCUUUCUUCAACCUUUUUCUUCUUCUUCUUCUCUUACUAUCUCCAAUAACACUAAUUUCGACCCCGACACUGACCUCUUCGGCGAUGCAAAGCUUCUCGCCGAUCACUUCGGUGGGUCCCACGUUAAACUCACCCACCAUUCUUCUCUCACCGCCGGUCUCCUCCUCCGUCAUAGCCCCGUCACGUUCACCAACCCCACUUCCUUCUCCAUCGAAUUCUCAUUCUCCAUUACUCCCGAUCCCGGCGAUGGUCUCAUCCUUCUAAUCAUCCCCGGCGAUCUCUCGUCUGCAUUCCCAGGUAAUGGCUCCUACGGUCUUUCACCUCCGGCAAACAGUUACCUCGGUGUCGAAUUCGAUACGUCGAAAGACGAAAAUGUUGGUGAUAUGAACGCGAAUCAUGUCGGCAUCGACGUCGGAAGCCUCAUCUCCGUAGCGGUUGCGAAUGUCUCUAGGUCGAAUUUGGUUCUCAAUAGCGGCGAAAAGUUGAAGGCUUGGGUUGAUUAUGAAGCUGGGUCGCAAAGAUUGGAAGUUAGGUUAAACAAAUUGAAUGAAACGAAAUCUGUAAAUCCAAUCGUUUCGCAUACCAUUGAUUUGUUUAAGAUUUGGGGUAAUGAGCCUGUGUUUAUGGGUUUGAGUUCUUCGAAUGAUGCCGAUUCUGUUCAGGUUGUUCGUGUUUAUUCAUGGAAGGUUAAUGUGAAGAAAGCUUCAAAUUCAUUGCAUUCUGAACCUGCUAAUCCUGAAGAACAUGGACAAGAACAAGCUGUGCUUGAUGCGAAAAGAAAGGAUCGUCCUUUGACAUUUCUUGCUGGUUUGAUAUUUGGAUCUGUUUGUGUUGUGUUGGUGACAUUUGUGAUUUUGUUUAUGUGGGUGAUUUUCUUCCAUAAACGUGAAGAAGAGUCUCUUGCUAAAUUGCCUGAACACCCUUCUGAUGUAAGGUAUGAAAGGAUUGAUGUUGCUGUUGACAAGAAUGCUGAAGAUCAUGAGGAACACCAUUAG